CAAAACCUUUGAAAUUGAAACCAUUUACUGUAAUGGGAGGUGUUUUUGCAAUAAUCUUUAUGUUCUGCAACUUGCUUUUUCUUCCUUAUCCCUCCUCUUCUCUUCCUUUAUGCACAGAUUCCAGGGCACCUCUUACCUUGAAGACUGCAUUGAAAUUUUGCUCCUACAACAGAAGUAGCUGCUGCAACUCCACUGAAGAUUCCAAAUUGCAGAAGCAAUUUCAAGCUAUGAAUAUCUCUGGCACAAGCUGUGCUUCACUUGUGCAAUCAGUUCUCUGUGCAGUGUGUGAUCCGUUUUCUGAAAAGUUAUUCACUAUUGAUUCGGUUCCCCGACCGGUGCCUCUCCUCUGCAACUCUACUGUUCCAACGAGCUCAACUCAGUCUAACCAAGCAACAAAUGAUUUCUGCUCUGAAGUAUGGGAUGCAUGUCUAAAUGUAUCUAUAUUCAAUUCACCCUUUGCACCUUCAUUACAGGGACAUGGUGGAGCACCAGUGAAUUCGAAGUUCACCACCUUGUCCGAACUAUGGCAGUCGAAAAACGAUUUCUGCAAUGCCUUCGGUGGAGCAUCUACUUCUGGGUCACUUUGCUAUGACGGUAAGCCUGUUACACUAAACAAGACUAGAAAUCCUAGUGCUCCACAUGGCUUAUGCCUCGAGAAAAUUGGGGAUGGAAAUUACUUGGAUAUGGUUGCUCACCCUGAUGGAUCGAGCCGUGCAUUUUUCGCCAAUCAACGAGGAAAGAUUUGGUUGGCAACCAUUCCCAAACCGGGAGGAACAUUGCAGCUUGAUGAAUCCAGUCCCUUCAUAGACCUUACUGAUCAAGUUCAUUUCGAUACUACAUUCGGGCUGAUGGGGAUUGCAUUUCACCCGAACUUUGCACGAAACGGCCGAUUCUUUGCUUCAUUCAGUUGUGACAAGCGUAAAUCACCGGGAUGUACAGGAAGAUGUUCAUGUAAUUCGGAUGUGAACUGUGAUCCCUCAAAACUUGGUACAGACAAUGGUGCUCAGCCGUGUCAAUAUCAAAGUGUUAUUGCAGAAUAUACUGCCAACGGUACCGCAUCGCAGCCUUCCUCGGCAGAAGAUGCAAAACCAUCUGAAGUAAGAAGGAUAUUCACUAUGGGCCUUCCCUUUGCUUCUCAACAUGGUGGACAGAUACUUUUCGGACCUAAAGAUGGUUAUCUAUACUUUAUGAUGGGCGAUGGUGGUGGUGGCGGUGAUCCAUACAAUUUUUCUCAAAACAAAAAGUCUGUGCUCGGAAAAAUCAUGAGGCUUGAUGUAGAUAAUAUACCUAGUGCGGCGGAGAUUAACAGACUCGGUCUAUGGGGGAACUAUUCUAUCCCUGCAGAUAAUCCAUAUAGCCAAGAUGAAGAUUUGCUGCCUGAAAUAUGGGCUUACGGAUUAAGAACUCCUUGGCGCUGCAGUUUCGAUUCCGAGAGGCCUUCCUAUUUCAUGUGUGGGGAUAUCGGCGAGAACUUGUACGAAGAGGUUGACAUGAUCAGCAAGGGCGGAAAUUACGGUUGGCGUGUUUACGAGGGACCGUAUCCCUUCGAACCUACAUCAUCACCUGGAGGGAGUACAACUUUAAAUUCCCUAAGCCCCAUUCUCCCUGUUAUGGGAUACAAUCACUCUGAAGUAAGCAAGAAAUUAGGGUCAGCCUCGAUCAUAGGUGGCCAUUUUUACCGGUCCGAUACCGAUCCGUGUAUGUACGGAAGGUACUUGUAUGCAGAUUUGUAUGCAAGUAAAAUAUGGGCAGCAACCGAAGACCCAGAUAACAGCGGCGAUUUCUCAACUAGUAGUGUUCCUUUCGGUUGUGCAAGAGACUCGCCUCUACAAUGCAGCAGCGUGCCAAAUAGCGCUGUUGCAGCAUUGGGUUACAUUUACUCGUUCGGUCAGGACAAUAGCAAAGAUGUCCACUUGCUAACCAGCAGUGGGGUUUAUAGAGUUGCGGCUCCGAGUCGAUGCAAUUACAGUUGCUCGACGGAAAAGGUUACUGCAGUUGCGAGUCCGAGUCCUACUACUUCGCCGCCAUCUCAUGCAAACCAGUUGAGUCCGGUAAUCCUAUUAUCUGCCUCGCUGCUGCUUAUGGCUGGUCUUGCCUAAGAUUUCUGACGGUUAUGUGCGCUUGUGCCAUGUAGAGACAAAUAGUUUUCGCA